AGUCCUAGCAUGCAUGAUGUGCUGUGCCAUCUUCUUCACAGGAGGAGGGCUCAUGGCGGCUGGUUGUGUCUGUGUGUGCGUGCAGGCGCAGAGCCCGAGCCCGGUGGUGAAGCUGGGGGCGUGGGGCAGCGACGCCGGGGCCGCCCACGACAUCGACGUCACCACGGCGGCGCCGCACCGGCUGGAGAGCAUCGUCGUCCGGAGGGGCAAGGUCAUCGACUCCGUCGCCUUCACCUACACCAAUGAGGGCGGGCAGCUGCACACCGCCGGGCCCUGGGGCGGCGCCGGAGGCGUAGAGGAAGACACGAUCAUCCUUGGGCCCACGGAGUACGUAACCCAGGUCGCCUGGUCGGUGGGCCCGUUCGAGUUCAAGGAAAUUGAGGACUGCGUCACCUCGCUCAAGUUUGUGACCAACCAGGGGGCCACCUACGGCCCCUUCGGCCGAGGGGACGGCACGCACCACAGCCUACCCGUGCUCGACGGCGGCAGCCUCGUCGGCAUGUUCUGCCGCGCUGGAGACUUCCUCCACGCCAUCGGCUUCUACGUCCGACCCUUGGCCAUCGUCGAACCGACAGCCUCGCCGGCCAAGCCUGAGGGGGAGAGUUUGCUUGCCGUAGCCAUCGAGGGAUAGGAGAGGAAAAGAUAAAAUAAAAGGCCGUUUGAACAUUUGUGAUGUCGAGUCUCUGAAUUACUACAUUACAUGCACAACAUGUAUCUAUCUAUGCGCUAGCUCCUCAUGUCAUCGUACUAUUACUUGUUUAGCCCAAUCAAAUUUUGUCACAUAUCAAGUUCGAGAAAUAAAAAAAAGGCUUUAUGUUCAAUA